UUUUAAAGAAGCUCCGUUCUUAUCAAGAUCAUGUUAUUGAGACCCGCCAGUCAAUCACAUAGCGCCGAGAUUUGCGCCUUAUUUCUAUAUCUAUCACUUUUUUAUAUAUUUUUUUAUAUUAACAACAAUCAGUUCUCCAUGUUUUCAUAAGUUGAAAGUUUAGUUUUGUGUUCUCCCAUAGUGGUACAAUGGACGACACCACAACAACCUUGGACGCUGAAGCGGGAGCGUCCCACACCGAGCCGGAUAACAAGAACGGCCACUCCCUCCACUCCAAGGCUCUGAAGAGGCUGGAAACGGUUCCAGACAUCAAGCGAGAUACCUCGGGCAUCACCACACAGUACAUCGCUACUGGCAUAGUAAACCUAGGGGCUUUUGCCACCGGAGUGUGCGUAGCGUGGUCGUCCUCAGCCUUGCCUCUGUACCUGACAGCUUCUCCUACAGCACCACCUGACUUUCAAUCGUUAAAUGGCACACAUCCUAAAGUUACACUGUCAAGAUCCGAAGGGUCAUGGGUAGCGUCCCUGCUUUGCCUAGGAGCCCUGUUCGGCGCGGUGCCAGCUGGUCUCAUAUCGGAGUACUUUGGGAGGAAGAAGACCUUAUUGUAUUUGGCUCUCCCACUGCUUGUGUCUUGGAUAUUGGUGGCUUCCAGUCCUAAUGUAUACGGAUUAUUCGUGGGCCGCUUCGUGGGCGGCGUGGCCGUGGGCGCCUUCAGCGUGGGCGUACCGCCCUACGUUGAGGAUAUAGCUGAGGCACAUCUACUGCCUGCGCUUGCCAACUUUUACCACGUACUAUUUGCUUGUGGUAUACUCUUUGGAUAUAUUAUUGGCAUGGUUCAGAGCAUAUCCUGGCUAUCAGUUCUCUGCGCGAGCAUACCCGUUGCCUUCUUCAUAGCUUUCAUCUUCCUACCAGAAUCCCCAGCAUAUCUGAUGUCUCAAGGAAAAUUCAGCGAGGCCAAAGCUGCUUUACGAUACUUCAGAGGAAUUGACAACGACGUCGAUGGAGAACUGAAAUCUAUAAAGGAGUCUUUACGAAGCUAUGCCAAGAACAGAAUGACAUUCAAACAGUUGUUUACCACACGAGCAACUGUCAAAGCACUAGUCGUCUCUUUCGGACUCAUGAUCUUCCAACAGAUGAGUGGAAUAUACCCUGUCCUUUUCUACUCCGAAAUUAUCUUCAGCACUUUCGCCAAUCCGUUGUACGCGCCAGGAGCUACAUAUAUUCCAAGUAUAAUUCUUGGAUUUUGUUUAGUUUCUUCCACAUACUUUUCAACGAUGUUCCUUAAAAGGGUGCGAAGACGUGUCCUUUUACUGGUUUCUUUUUCGGCAAUGGCGUUAAGUUUGGGUUGCCUAGCAGUUUAUUACCAUUUGAAAGCAUCCAAUUUAUCGUCAAGCAAGACUUGGGUACCUGUUUUUGCUUUAUGUAUAUUUGUAUCCGUAUACGCCGCUGGUGUUGGACCUAUCCCUUGGUUGAUGCUUCGAGAAAUAUUCCCUCCAAACGUGAGGAGACGGGCCACUGCGAUUACAGCUGGUUUCCACUGGUUUUUAGCAUUUGGGGUGACUAAAUUGUACCAGAAUUUGGAGGAAAUGGUCAAACCUGGUUGGGCGUUAUGGCAUUUUGCAGUUGUUUGUAUUAUAGGUACAAUUUUCGUAUACUUCUUCGUACCAGAAACUAAGGGAAGGACGUUGGAAGAGAUUCAGAAUGAAUUUGAUGGUAUUCAUAAAAGUAGGCCUCACAGACAUGUUAUUCAAGUAGAGACUGUUGCUGCUUCUUAAUCACUUAUUUAUUAACUUGGUUAUGAGUUAAUACCUACUGAUAACAUAGCAAUCUGUUGUAUCACGAAAGUUUAAGUUAUCACAUAACUUAUCAGGUCUUUAACUAUCCACGCAAAAAUUACGUGUAUCUGUUGAUCUGUUGAGCCCUAACUGAAGAACAAAAUACACUUUUGGAUUUAGGUAUUAGGUAGGCAUUUAUGGUAUGGGUAGUUAUAUGUACUUCAUUUAAUUAUGCAGAACACUUUAAAAGGUUCAUCUUGAAACCAAGCGCUGCAGCUUGAUGCGGUCUUCGCGGAACGGGGAACUUUAUUUGUUCCUCGUUAAUUUGAAUACUUUAUAGAUUAACUUACGUCUUAGUAAGACAUCUUUAAACUAAUUUGUGCCCCACCCAGAUUAUGUUUGUAUAACAAUUUUUUUUGAUAUAGGGAAGUACCUACUUAUAAUGUAGGUAUAAUUUUGGUAACAAUUAUGAAAAUUGGUUUGUCAAAGUCAAAGUCAAAGUCAAAAUCAUUUAUUCAAAGUAGGUACAAUUGUACUCCUUUUGAUGGUCGAAAUUCUUAAACUUGUUUAACAUGAUUUCAUAAUGACUGUAGAAUCUUUAGUUACAUAAUCAAAUAAUUUUGUUACAUUAUCGUACAAGACUUAUAAUUCAAUUUCACAAAUUUAAUAAUUGUAAUUUGAGUUUUGAGUAAAAUUAUGAUUCGAACCACAGCAUCAGUAUUUAUGAGAUGGGAAUUUGCCUUUUAAAUUAUUCAGAUUUCAAAGUUUCCAAAUUAUAAAGUUGAAGUAAUGAAGUUAUAAGAUGCAAUGUAGGCUUUGCUACGUCGUUGUUAAGGCCAGUUCAGAUAGACAAACAUUUGUCGCGCGUUGAUGCGAGUAGACACGCGACAUUAAGGCACUUUGUCUUUGCUCAGACUUAAGACACUGUUAAAACGAGACAGCGCUAUACCGCUGGCAUAAAUGUGUCUCGUUUUAACUAAAACUUAAGUCUAAGCGAAGUCAAAGUGCCCUCUUAGAUUUCAACCUAAGGCUGAGAUCUAUAGAGCGCGCAUUGACUUUGAUCUGACUUAAGACACUGUUAAAAUGAGACAGUGUUAUAUCGCUGCCAUACACUUGUCUCUUUUUAACUGAAACUUAAGUCUAAGCAUAGUCAAAGUGUUUUAGGGUUCCAUAUCCGAAGGAUGCCAACGGUAUCCAAUUACUAAGCCUCCGCUGUUCGUCCGUUCGUCUGACUGUCGAAGAACUGUAUCUCGUGAAUAGGUAGGGAGUUGAAAUUUUAACAGAAUAUGUAUUCCUUUUGCUACUAUAACAACGAAUAAUAAAAUUCUAAAAAUGGCUAUCAAGAAAA